AGCCGCGGCGAGGGCUCGGCACGGGAAGCGGAGCCGGGGCAGAUGACAGCCCGGCCGGCGGAGCCCCCUCCCGCCUACAUCUCCCCGGCGGGGGCAGCCGGCGCUCGCACCUGACCAUGACCCCGCGCCGGUCCCGGCUGGGCCGCCCCGGCGUUUGCCGCUGAAGGGACCGGCUCCUCUCCGACCUCCCCCGCCGCCUUCCUCCUCCUCCUCCACCUCCUUCUCCUCCUCCUCCCGGCUGCCGAGGCUGCCGCCUCUUCCCGGAGUGAUGGGCUGCAUCGGAUCCCGCACCGUGGGAAAUGAGGUGAUUGCAGUAGACUGGAAAGGACUGAAAGAUGUGGACCAAAUCAAUAUGGACAGCACCAGUUCACUGCAUGGCAGCAGCUUCCACCGUCCUUCCACGGAGCAAACACGGACAGAUUUCUCCUGGGAUGGUAUCAAUGACUUUGGAAGAAAUGUAUCUUAUCAUUUUCAGCUACAUACAGAACAAGAACAGUGCAGCAUGUCCAUAGAGGACUGGCAGCAGCCAAAGGGAGGCCUCUCACAGCCUACUUCUGUCUCUGCCACUGACCUUGCCUCACUCAGUCCCACACUCUCCAUGGAAGAUACGACCUCCAUCCUCCCCAAGCUGAAACGCAACUCCAAUGCUUAUGGGAUUGGGGCUUUGGCUAAAUCAUCUUUCUCUGGGAUAUCCCGCAGCAUGAAGGACCAUGUCACAAAGCCAACGGCUAUGGGCCAAGGCCGUGUGGCUCACAUGAUUGAAUGGCAAGGCUGGGGUAAAGGUAACAGCCAGCAGCAGCAGCACACGCAUGAGACAGCACGCAAAGAUGCUGAUGCCUACUCAGACCUGAGUGACGGUGAAAAGGAGGCCCGAUUCCUUGCAGGAGUGAUGGAGCAAUUUGCUAUAUCAGAGGCGACUCUCAUGGCCUGGUCCUCUAUGGAUGGUGAGGAUGUGAGUGUAAACUCGAAUCAAGAAAAUCCAGCAGGCAACUACUCUGAGAACUAUCAGGAGCUAAUGGAAAGCCAAGAGCAUAUGGCCCAGACGCAGUAUGAUAGCUGGCCUCAUUCCUAUGUCUCACAGGGCAUGUAUUGCUUAGGUUCAUCUGAUGCCUGGGAGACCAGUGACCAGUCCCUCAUCGCUUCCCCAGCAACUGGCUCCUACCUAGGCCAGAAUUUUGAUGAGUCCCAGACAAACCUUCAGGAAAGUAUUUUGAUCCAGAGCAGUCUUCUCCAGCAGCAACAGCUGCAGCCACAGCAGCAGGAGCAAAACUUCAUCCAGAGCACAGGGCUGGUCCAUGUGUGGCCCCUGCAGACUGCUCAGGGUGGGGAUGGGGCUGAGUCCAGCACCUACAUGGAGGACCAUGUUGAGGACGAAGGGCACCCACAGCUGGAGAAGGCUCCUCUCAUAAACAAGAAGCCCUCUCCAGAGGAGGAUGAUGUAGUAUGCCGGGACCUGGAAUCUCUGUCUCCUCGAGAGGAGCUGGAACAUGCUGCUCUGAGCCGCAAAGUCUCAGAUGUCACCUCCUCUGGGGUUCAAUCCUUUGAUGAGGAAGAGGGAGAAACAAACAACUGAGGCUUUUUGUGAAAUUUUCGUUAAUGCUGAACAAAGAGAUGGGUGACGAGGAAUGAAACGACAGAAAUUCUUCUCUCCAGCUCCCUGUACUUCCGAGCAGACACACCUUACAUUCCUACAUUUAAUUAUUUUUUUAAACAAAAGGAAAAUCUCAGAGUGAUUGACACAUGAAGACCUUUCCCUCCGGUGUGGACAUACAUGUAUAUUUUCUAUUUUCUUUGCUCUGGGCAAUGCACGUGAGGUGCUUGGAGAGAUCUGGAUUGGUAAAUCAUGUUUAAAUGUUAUAAAUACAAAGUCUUGGCUCUGGAUACAAACUUCUGGUACUGGGGAUGUGGCUAAUAAGACAGGCUUGAUAUAGGGAGUGGCUAUGUGGCUAGAAUCCAGCCUGGCAAAAUGGAUGUUGCUUUGUGGACUUGAUGCCCUUUGAUAGAAUAUAUGAAUAUAGACUGUUUUAAAUGAAGAUAUGGCUUUACAAAUAUAGAUUGCACUAGUAUAGUGAUUAUGGCUGAUGCAGAGAAUAAGGCUGUAUUCAAUAUAGACUGUACUGAGAUGAAGGAUUUGCUGUGUAACCAGAUCCUCAAUAGCACCUUGAUAUGAAAUCGUAGGCUUAAUGGAUACAGACUGCACUCCGUGGGCACACACUGUGCUGCAGUACAGAUGGUGUGGAUCUGUGGGCAUGGCUCUACUGUGGCUUGAAAGAAUGGAUGCAGAUACGAAUCUAACCCUGCUCUGAGAUACUCAUGCUUUGGUUUCUUUCUUUCUAGUCUUUCAUUUAUUUGUUUCUGUCUUUGACAUUCCUACCUUCCUAGGAGCUGGCAAGAGUGGUGUGUCCUUUUGGCACUGAGCACUGGAUGCCAGUGGAAAGAACAUUUUCAGCUACGGAGACAGUCAUAAAAAGCUGACUCUUGCAGAGGGCUUGAGAACAUGUCCAUCUUGGUGCUGCUGCUGCAUCCUUCUGUCUUUUCCUUUGCCAGAAGCAUGGGGAGGCAGCAGAUCCAGGAAUAGUGUGUACAACUAUGAGAUCACAGAUAUCCAGUUUACAGUGGAAUUUUCAGUUGUUGCUUUUUUAAAAAACUUUUUAUAUUGCUGGUUAAGUGUUCCUAAAAAAGCAGUUAAUAGUGGUAAAAGCCUGUACUCCAGUAUCAGAAAUACUGCACCUCUCCUAUUUCUGCCACUCCUUCUGCAGUGCCAAAUGUAGAUGGAGGAAAGAGGCUAGAGAGGAUGUUUCCUCCUCUUUCUUCUUCCUGACUAUAUUCCUGACUUCUUUUGUUUUCCUGCCCCCAAGAAAUGUAAAUAGUGCUCAACACUUGAUCUGUUUCUUUUCACAUUCCAUCUCUUUUUCAGGAGUGGAAAAAGCUCAUUUUAGGAGUUUUUUCCUAUUUGUAUGGGUUACUUUUUUUUUUUUUUUGGUUUGUUUGUUUGUUUUGUUAAAAAAAUGGUUCAUUGACUUGUGGGAAUUCAGUCUCUUGCAAUUGCUCACUAUGUUUCUACAGACCUCUUUUUGCAGGGGAGGGACUUUGAAAGGAAAUUGAAAACCUGUCUCAAGGUAGAAAUUUACCCUACCCUGAAACUGUCUCCUCUCAGGUGGAACUUUACCCUACUCAGCUUUCUCCCACUUACACAGGCAGCUGCAUGAAGAGGGAACUCCUCUAUGAACUCCCAAGUCUUUCUAGCCAAGACCAUGUCAAGAAGAUCUGUCUUCCCUCUCCAUUGCUCCUCUAAAGGAAAAGACCUUUGGAUAUUAAAGUAAGAUUGAUAAUUUGGUAUAGGUAAGAGAUAAAAUCUUUUGUGACCUUUUUUCCUUUUUUUUUUUUUUUUACCCAUUUCCUUGGGCUUGCUUACAUCUGUCUUAGGAGGUAGCUCUUCUCCUGAAUGAUGAACUUUCAGUAUCUUUGUACAAAUGUUUACACAUUCAGGUGCUAACCUCUCCUGGGCAGCAGCGCUUCAUAAAGAUGAAUCUACAGGUUUUGCAGGAUCAAUGCUAGUUCAUUUUCCUGAACUAUCUUGAGCCUAGUCAGGGAUCUGGGCCUAUGAAACGACAUGAACCAGAACAGGUGACAGGGCAAGUGCCAAGGACACUUCAUCAGGUGUCAAAUGAGCAAGUGUUAAUUAUUUCUGUUUCUAAAAACCUUCAGGGAUACAGAAUGGUCUAGUAUGUUGCUUUGUGGGAGAAAAAUUGGGUUUAUUGCUUUUUUUUCUCACAGUUUUGUUCCCAUGUGCCUCUCCAGGACCAAUCUGGAUGUUUAUGGUAGCUUUCAGAAUAGCUUCAAAUGAUCUCUCUGUGUUAUUUAUAGGACUAAGGUGAGAGGGCCAACUUGUCUGGGACUUUUUUCUUUUAAUGUGGACAUGUGAUACACUUACUAAGGUGUUUGAUCAAUGUCUAAAAGAUGUACAUUUUCUCCAUGCAAGGGAGUGAGAGGGAAAGAUCUACACAGGAAAAAAUGCAAAAAAAAUAAUAUAUAUAUAAAUAAAAUAUUGAAUUUGUAGAAAAUUCUGUGGAGUUCAAUACCAGGGGAAAACUUGUUGAGUUUUCCAGUUUUCUAUGGAAUGGGAUAGAGAAUCAUACCCUGCUUUAUAAUUUCAUUACCUUAUGUCUAGCAACCUGUAGAUACACUUAUUCUCUGUGAAGUCUGACAGGUUUCAAGACUACUCUCUGUAAAAACUUUAAAGUUGUCUAAAUUCUAUAAAGCUUUUUCAUAAAGACCAUGACUUUCUGUGAAUAAAAUUUCAUGACCUCUUCCACAAUCCAAAAGAGAAAUGUAUCUUCCUCUCCAGUUGCAAGGAGCUUGACUAGAGAUAGCAGGCCUACCCAUAAUAAGUUGCAACCUGAGUGAGCAUCCAGAGCUGGACUGGAAAGGCAGUUUGAAUAUAAUUUGAAAAUGGUUUGUAUAACCUGGCCUUUUCUUAGGUAACAAGCCUGCUGCUUCUGUUUAUCCAGUAUCAGAGAGAGGGACCUGGAACUUACUGUACAUUUUCCAGAAAAGCCACUAUUAUAUAGCUAUACCUAUUGAAGCAUAUGGAGGGCACAGGUGCUCUGUGAGCAAAAUUUGGCCUGCAGUUCUUUAUGCUGGUAAGGGUAAAUGAGUUGGAGGGAGUCCAGCCAAAUACUCAGAGUGCAAAUUGAGCCCAUGAGGCUGAAAAUAAGAAGGAGAGGUAAGCUGAGUAUGCUUGAUCUGGGGUUACUAAGAAACUGAGCUCUACUGUUUGUUUAUACAGGUCCUUUUCAGACCAGAGCUGCACUACAUAGUUUUUUGAUAUUUCUUGAAGCAGUAAAGGUAGAUUUUUUUUUUUUUCUCCUUACCAGCACCUCAAAGCCUUUGACUUCAACAGGAGCUAUUGCUGUUAUUAUAGUGAAUAUGAAUGAAGGGUUAAACAUGUGACCCUAUCUGAAAGAAAACUCAGAUUCCACUGUAAGAAAAUUCUAUCUUCCUUUUCCCUUGAUUGCCUAUUUUUGGCCAGCUAUACUACUUCAUUUAAACCCAGAGACUGGAUUGGAGGAAGGAAUAGGGAAAUAAGAAAUAAGCAAAAUCUUGGCAGAUAAUAUGUUAAGAUUUGGAGCAAGCACUGGGCCAGCACCUUUGGGCCAGCAGUUUGAAUAUGCCCUAAUAAUGUAUGGGUAAUGAUUGCCUCAUAGCAGACUAAACACAGGACAGGAGCAUGUUUCAUCUCUAAGGCAUAGCGUCUAGCUUACCCAAAUGUAGAGCAGCUGGGUGAGUUAGGGAAUUGCUGAAUGGCACAUGAACAUUGCAUCCCACAGACCUUGAUAAAGAAAAAAUGUGGCUAGGGAACUGUGGCAUGUUAGGACCACCAAGACAUUGGUUUGAGCCUCUGCUUAUCUACCAGUAGCUGUAACUCUUUCCUGUAUGACCAUUUAUGUAAUUUGAUGAAUAUCAAAUGAUUGUUUAAUUGUCCCCCUUGCUCUUUUUCCAGUGCUGGUGUUAGGAAUGUCACAGUGCCAGUGCUUCUGUUGCUGUGGUUGUAUGACUUAGGGGGAGGGCAGAUCUUAUUUUCUCCACUUAAAAUCCAGUAGAGUCCACCAUGUUUGGGCACACUGGGUUGCACCCUUCCUAUUCAUCAGUCACAUGAGGUCUACGGGCCCUGCUGUGUUUCACAGUGUGGGAUCCUUCCCUUCAGGGCCCUAGGAUUACAAUGACUCAGAGAAUCAUUUUGCUUGCGCAGUCCAAACCUCAAAGUCAAGGACCAUACAAGAGAAGCUUAUGUAAGUUAUUCUUUAUAUAAGUUUUAGGCUUUCUUGACAAGCCUUGUGAAUUUUUUCAACCCCAUUACCUUAGGCUUUGGGGUUGAGAAGUCAAUCUGCUGCUUUAGUUUCUGUGUCUCUAAAUCAGCAGCUUCUGUGAAGCCACUGACAAGUCACCACUUCCACUUUCCCUCUUCUGCCCCCACCCCCCUUACCUCUCUAAGACUUUAACAUCACCUUUCAUGAUAAACUUGCAGCAGAGAACAGAAUUUAACCAUACCUCUGAGCUGAUCAAAAUGGGAUGCUGUUGUGAAAGAGGUAGCCCUCUACCCUAACUGUACCCAUCUCCCACAGUUCUUGUACAGACAGUAGCAUGCUGCUGACCUCAUAACAAGUCAGGUCACUUAUACCUUUCUAAAAUAAGCAAGAGGGAACAGCUGUGAGCAGAGGGAGAGUGAGCAUUAUUCUCAGCAGCUGGCCUUUAUAUUAGGCUAGGAAAACUGUGAAAGUGCACUUUGAAAUGGCAUUGCUGUGAUAAGUCGAAGAUGACAAAAGAAGCUGUCAUGCUUCCUCCCUUCUCUCAUCACCAGCUGUAUACUUCUGCUGCCUAAAAAGCACCAGUACUAACACUCAUUUGGCUGCUCAGGAACUGGCACCAUUGAAAACUAACCACAUCUCCUACCAAAAUAAGAGUUUCAGUGGGAUCAGCAACCUGUAUUUUUUACAUGGUGAGGCAUGCAUCACUGAGGUCCUGUGAAAUGUGCAGAUGGUCAUGUUGAACGAUGUUUCUCUGGCUGCAGAUGGAACUUAAAUUGCUUUAAGCUGCAUGUGAAAUUUCUGUCAAAGAAAAAGAAACCCACCUGGGAAACCUGAGAGGAUAUACUCCCCCUAUUCUCCUUCCCUAGCAUUUUCCUUAGAAUUUUUAGUGCUGUAAUCUGAUUUUGGGUUCCCUCCUCUUCCAUAGGAUCCUUUGAAAUAAUCCCUUGCAAUCAGGCAGGAGGCCUUUAGUAACUUGACAUACCCUUGAAAUUCAUAAAACUGAUAUGCACAAAUCACUGAUGUACCCAGUGAUUAUACUCCACAGCAGCUAAAGAUACUGAGGUGUCUUUUCCUGUAAUUAUAAGAGGAAGAGCCUUGUGCAGGACUGAAACAUAUUGGAGGUGAGGUUUGUCCCUGUCUUUAAGCCAGUUCCAAUCUAGUGUGAGAUUCAGAAUGACUUUUCAUACCUAGGCAGAGUCUGUGCAUGAUGUACUGUGUCCAGCAACAACAGUUAGUUGAAGGCCUGAAGACGAUUGAAGAGAAGGAAACUGUUCUCUUUGUUUGACAGGUGUGAGGUAUGGUGGUGGGGCAAGGCAGGGUGCAACAGGCCAAACUUGUAGACGACUAUGUGUGCUUGGCACAAUGGCAAGAAGUGUAGCCAGUGAGGGGAAGAAGUUGAGAGAGAGGGUUGGGAAAAAGAUCAAGAAAAACUUGAAGUUUAUUUUUACAAAACAGAAGUAGGAAGUUCUGUGCCAGACUCCAGGCAGAAGGGAACCAGGUAGAGAACUGCUACACAAGCCGUAGCUCCAGGACUGGCACAACUCAUGGCAGUCCUUAUUAUAGGCCACACUUUUUGUCAGAGAGAAAGGAAAGACACCUUUCUGAACUAGGCCAGCUGCUGGCUUCUUUUUCAUUGUCUUUGAAAAAUGGUUCACCACAUGCUUAAUUCUUCAGGGGAACCAUUAAGAAAUACUCCAGAUAAGAACUAACUUAUUGUCCAAAUAAAGUCAAUCUGAAUUUUGUCUCUAGCAGAAAAGCAAAAUAUCUAAAUUUGGCUCAGUUUACCUUUACUGUUGCAUUGGUAAUUGCCUAGAAAGAGAAACAAACUGAAAUAAAUCCACCUCUAACAAUUGUGGAGAGCAGGGGGGGCAAGGUUAUUAAUUGUAACUCUGAUCUGUGCAACAUCAAUCUAUUCAGUUUGCCUAAGUCCCUACUAUCUUGCAGUCUAAACCUCUUCCUUAUAAUUUCUUCUGGAUAGAAGUUCCUUGUUCCGAUAACUCUAAACAAUCUAGUAUUUCCCUUAAACUAGCUUUGAAUUUUUUCUAAGGGAAAGAAAAGGAAUGGAAAGAAAAAAUAAAUCCAUUCCUAUACAGAGCUUUGAUUCCUCUCCCCUAUAGCAAUUUCAUGGGGAAAGAUUGCUAUGCCAUGGCUCAGGGAAAGGAAAAAAUAGGAAAAAUGUUAGUAAAGUGCUGCCUAUUAGAACUAAAUGUAUAUGUAGCACAGCCUAUAGUCAUUAAAGUACAGUCUCAAAUAUGAAUGCAAGCGGAAAAGUCAAUGUCAGGUGCCUCUUCUAUAUCACAGGUUUUUCCCACACUAAAUAGUAGUAAAUCUGCACAGGAACGGAAGAGAGGGAUGUCUCACCUCAUCUCAGAAAGAGUCUUGGAGCCUCCAAGAGUUGACUGGGGUAGGGAUGAAGACAAAUGGUUAUUAUGUUAUCGAAUGGACAUAGAAUACCUGUGCUAGAACAUCAGGGCCUGUUUGCAUACUUGUACUUACUUUUUUCCCCUGUAUAGGGAACAAAGUAGUAAUCUUUUCCUUGGCAAUCAAAAGAAGCUCUAUGAAUGUCAGUGUAGGUCUACUCAUAUAUAAUAUAGACCAACAGAAAAAGGAAUUAUGAUUUUUGCCAGUACAGAUACGCAUUGCUGGAAGAGGAAAAAUUUAGUCAGGCCAGGACUCCCUGUGAAAGACUAUUUUUACUAAAACUGUAGAGACUUGUUUUGUAAAAUUAUGAAAACUUGUUCAAGUGAGAAUGUUCUCUGCAGACAUCAAGGGAUUUACCUACUGAUACCUGUCUUCUCAGAAGAAAGGGGUUGCAGUGUUCUGUGGAAAGAAUGUUAGUGAGCAUUUGCCUCAUCUCCUUUGACUGGGGACAUUCUGAAUGUACUAGCCUUGUUUCUGCUUUCCUCUAAGGGAACAAAUGUCCAUCCUGGUCAGACAAACAAUGUAAAAAGGAUUUUCUCCAUUACUGAAACAAGAUUGUGCACCAAGAUGUACUUUUAAUGAGAUAAAAGCAUCUAGUAUAGAUUCAUUAGCUUUCUGGAUUCAUUUUCAUUGGACAUGGAAAUCCAAUCCUGUUGGAGGUCAGAAAGUUAAGAACCCUUUCCUAGAGCUCUGCUGAGCUUCCAUGGAGCAAGUACAGGUGGACUUCCCUUCUUUUCAGAUAUUGCAUGUUUGAGCAAUGUAGCAAGCCAAAAGCUCUUUUGCAGAUAUAUAUUCUUGUUUGACUUCAAUUUCUCUUCUCUGAUUUGUGGAUGUUGUGCAUGAUUGGAGGCCUCUGGGAAUCCGUAUGCUAUAAAGUUGGGACUCAAAAGUAAUUUCACAGAGAAUAGGGUUUAUCUUGUUUCAGCUUUUUUUUUUUCACAUAUUGGAGGGUCCAGACUGAGGAUUUGAGACAUACAGGGGAGGUGGAUGGGAAUCUCAGUAGUGGUGUGGGGGAUGGAUUCCUGAAGCACGUUUAAAAGUAACUAAGGUUUGGGGUUUCAAAUGUUGUAUUCUCAGUGUCUGAAACUGCUUUAUCAUAAGUGUAUGGGACAGUGAAGGUUGCAGCAAAGCAAUUUUAAGACUUUCACUCCAAUCCAUACACAUUUUCUGUAGGGGGAGGCUGCAUGGUGAUUAUCUGUAUUCUUUCAAGCUAGUUUUUACAGAAGUGCAUUAAUGUCUGGGGUGAAAGUACUGAAUGGAAGUAAAACAAAAAAGAGAAAGGGGUCCACUAUUGUAAGCUUUCAUCCCUACAUUGUCCCACACUAGCCCUUAAUAACUAAAAUGAGUCUGAUUUGCCUUUGGUCUUCCAGCUCCAAAACAUGUUUGCCUGAAAAUUUUUGUUGAAUAUACUUCGCAUGUUUUGAUAAUGUGACUUCUAAGAUAACACUUCUACAAAGUUAUAUAUAAAUACAUGCAAGUACAAACACAUACAUACAUGUACACACACUACAUAUAGACUUAGGAAACUAUAUGGCACUCUACACCUCCAUGCCUGUAUGUGGCAGCAACCACAUUAAAUAGGGGGAGGUAGCUCAAAAUAGCAUGUACAGUCCUUUAUGGAGUUGUUAUUAAACAGAAUGUGGUCUUGCCA